GAUGCGGAUGGGGAUGCGGAGAUGGAGGAGGCGGGCAAGCAGGAGGAGGAGGAGGAGGGUGGAGAGGAGGGGGCGAAGCAGGAGAAGAGCGCUGGGGUGAAGCAGGAGGAGGGUGAGGAGCAGGAGGAGGAGGCGGUGGUGAAGCGGGAGGAGCAGGAGGAGGAGGGCGGGGCGGGGCCUAUGGAGGUGGACGGCGGCGCGGUCAAGCAGGAGGCGGUCAAGGAGGAGCAGGGAGCUGGUCCUGCCACGUCACCUGAGCCCGGCGGCGAAGGAACUUCCACCGCGGCUGAUGCGGCAGCAGGGGACACACAACCCGGGCAGCAGCAGCAGCAACAGCAGCACGGCCAGGACGGCGACCACGAAGACGACUCGUACAGUGGCGACGAGGAGGAGGAGGAUGCCGAGGCGGACCGAGGCGCGGACGGCGCGGGUGACCCGUGGGUCGCUUCGUUGCUGACGGGCAGCUACGCCUCGUUGGGUCUGCGCGAGCGCAUCCAGGCGCUGUCCUUCCUGUGCCACUCGGUGCUGGACGGCCCCACGCUGCGAACCAAGCUGGAGCUGCGGAUCAACGAGGCCGCACAGCGCAAGAAGCAGCUGUUUGAGGAGGCCAAGAACGAGAAGCGCAAGCGCCAGGAGGAGGCUGCUGCCCGCGCCGCCGCGGCCGCAGAGGAGGCACGCAAGCGGGCGGAGGCAGCUGCUGCGGCCGUGGCAGCUGGGGCGGCCGGGGGCGCCGCUGCUGCAGGCGGCUCCCGGGGGACCACCCCCGUGCCGCAGGCUGGGGGCCCGGCGGGGGCUGUGGACGCUCGGGCCAUCGCUGGGGAGAUCUUUGGUGGUGGUGGUGGUGGUGGUGGUGCGGCUGCAGUGGCACCGCACGACCCUGCCAGGGCGGCUGCGGAGGCGGCCAAGCGGGCGGAGGAGGAGGAGGAGGACCGCCAGAAGCGGCAGCAGCGCGCAGAGGAGCUGGAGCGGAUUGAAGAGGAGUGCGCCAUCCGCGCCGAGCCGCUGGGCUCCGACCGCCGCCACAACCGCUACUGGCUGUUCUCCUCGGGCGCGGAGGACGAGCCGGGCAACGCGAGGCUGUGGGUGGAGAGCGCCCCAGACGGCGCCUGGCGGCUGCUGACGCGGCCCGAGCAGCUGGACGAGCUGAGCGCCAGCCUGGAGCCGCGGGGGCUGCGGGAGGGGCAACUGGCGUUGGCGCUGGCCAAGCAUGCGGACCGGAUCAAGCGCUGCAUGCCGGGUGCUCCCCUGUCCGAGCCCACCCCGCUGGAGGCGCUGUCCGCCGAGUGUCGCGCCGCGCUGGAGUCCUCCUUCUGCGGGCGCUGCGAGGUGGUGCGGCUGGCGGCCAGCGGCACGCUGGUGGCCGGGGAGGACUACACGGCGGACCUGCAGCUGCGCGAGGGCGACUCGGCGCGCAUGCAGCGGCUGAAGCGGGACAUCCUGAGGCUGGAGCUGGCGGUGCCGCAGGAGGCGGUGGACCCCGGCUUUGACCGCUCCUCCUGGGUUGAGCGGGUGCAGUGCGCCGCCAGCCCCUCCGCGCUGCGCACCUGCCUGGGGCAGCUGGAGUGGGCGCUGCUGCCCUCGCCCGACGGAGCGGCGCCCGGGCUGCUGGCAACGGUGUUCCACCGGCAGCCGCCGCUGGUGCGGGGCGCCUGGGUGGAGGUGGGCAGGGAGGUGGCGACGGCGCUGCCGGGUCACGCGAGCAAGGAGGUGCUGCCUCCCCUGGAGCGCCCCGACGGCCAGCCCGCCGCCGCCCCCAACGACGAGCCGCUGUCCUGGCUGCCGCCCACCCUGCCCGCCAUCACGCUGCGCCUGCUGGCCCUGGACGCGGCCAUUGUGUACCGCCAGGGUGCUCCACCAGGCCGGGACUGCCUGGCAGGCUACAAGUACACGGUACGUCCCGCGCCGCUGGAUGCGCAGCCGGCGGUGGCGGCAGCGGCGGAGAAGCAGGGCGGCGAGGCGGGGGCGCCGCCGGCGUCGGCGGCACUGCCGAUGACGGUUGGUGGUGGCGCGGUGGUGCUUACGAAUGUCCUGGCGGACAGAGGUCGCGUGCGUGAGGCCAGCCGCCGGGUGCCCGAGCUGCCCACCGAGCUGAUGACGCUGCGCGCCCGGGAGUUCACUCUGCCCCUGGAGGAGAUGCGUGAGAGCGUGGCGGACGCGGACCGACAGGGACUGCUCACCGCGCCAGGAGCUGCGGCGGCCGACGGCAAAGGCAGGGGUAAGGGCAAGGGUACGGCUGGCGGCAAGGGCGGCGCCGCGGCAGCAGGAGCCAAGGGCGGCGCUGCGGCGGCGAGCGGCAAGAACGUGUCCAGGUCCAGGGUGGUGGUGAUCGGAGGGCGUGGCGCGGGGGCAGCUGGUGGAGGCAGCAAGGCCAAGGGAGGGUCCAAGGCCAAGGGCGGUGCGGCGGCUGGCGGGUCGAAGAGCAAGGGCGGCAAGAGCGCUGGAGGGGCGGCGGCUCCACGCGGCAAGGCGCAGGCGCAGGCGCCUGCGACAGAGGAGCCCGAGGCCGAGGAGGAGUGGACAGGUCAGCUGGGCGAGCCGGUGCUGCUGGGGCCGGAGGACGAGGACGAGCUGGGCUUCAGCGACGACGACGACGGCGGGGAGGAGGGCUACGACGACCCCUACGACUCGGACUACCGGUAGCGGCGAGAGGCCGGAGGGGGCCGGGCGAUGGUGGUGCUCUAGCUCCGUUGCUGAUGCUGCCUGUGGCUCUUUGCGGAGCAGCCAUGGCGCGAGGGGCCUUCCUAACCGCCACUGGCAGGGGCUCUCGUUUGGCGCGGGUCAGCAGGGUGACUGGUGGGAGAAGCGGGAUGCUGCCGUGGCAGGGGCAGCAUGCAGGACGCCGAGGGUCGUAUGUUGCGUAGUAAGAAUACAGGAGCCAAAGAGAACAGCGGAGGCGCUAGCGGAAGUGUCAGUUAGAAACUGUUGGUAUUUUGGCUUAGCUGAUAGCGUAGAAGGUGAGGGAUGAACGAGAGCAGGUAGGUAGGAAGCAGGAUUUCGUGUCGCAGGCAGAGCUUUUCCGAGUACGGUCAUGUGGUACAAACGCGUGCUAUGGGAGGAAGACAGAUGAGGUCUCCGUGCUGACGUCUGAUACGGUACCAGGCUUGGGUGCAUGUCUUAAGAAACAUAGGCACGUCACAGGCCGCUAGGGCGCCUUGCGGCAAUCGGCGAGUAAACAGCAGAUCAGUGCAACUUGGCGGGCAGUAGUAUGGCUAGGGCACCAAGGGGAAACCCAGUUUAGGUAGGUUCCAAUCUGUAGCAUGCCAUGAACAAGGACGCAUUGUGGAGGGCUAGCUGACGGGACCAGGGCCCCUCCGAUGUGGAACGUUAGGCUGCUUUCGUGAAACCACGCAAACCCUCCGAGGACGUGCAUGGGCUGCCUCCUGUAUGGCCCCACUUGUGAUGAGCCCGCGAGCCACGGUAUGGGCUGCGAAUUUCCGGUGGCAAUGUCAAUGGCGGGACAAGUACACCGGGUAAAGUACAGGGGCUUGAAGACUGG